AUGCGCAGCACUUGGUGCACCCAUCUGCCACGUCGAGGGGCUGUUCCGGGAAUUGAACCCGGGACCUCUCGCACCGUAAGCGAGAAUCAUACCACUAGACUAAACAGCCGACGAAUCCCGCAGGUGACCUUCCACAGCGCACCCCCACCCAACCUGCCCUGUCCUCCGCUAGUCACCUCCUCCGCUGCAUCGCACUAUUUUCCGACACGCGCGGCCCGCCUCUCCCCUGCAAGCCACCUCCCAUGCGCUUCCUCCUCUUCACCUCCAAAACGGCGCUCCCUCCUCUCCGAACCCCCUCCCUCAGCCACAGCGACCGCCUCCCCAGCCGCUCCAACCGCAGCCCACCCACGAACCAAAGUGUCGUCGCCGCACCAAAAGCGAGCAGCGGAAUGCACCGAACACAACGGCGCUCCCUCCUCUCCGAACCCCCUCCCUCAGCCACAGCGACCGCCUCCCCAGCCGCUCCAACUGCAGCCCACCCACGAACCAAAGUGUCGUCGCCGCACCAAAAACGAGCAGCGGAAUGCACCGAACACAACCACGCCCUUGUCCUCGUGCUGCAAAUUUCCAUUCACGACCGGCCAAACCACCACACACAACCCAUCUCGGUUUGGAGGAGGGAGCAGCAUGAGCAGUUGCGGCGGGGACAAAAUGCGCAGCACUUGGUGCAUCCAUCCGCCACAUCGAGGGGCUGUCCCGGGAAUUCAAAACAAGACCUCUCGCACCCUAAGCGAGAAUCAUACCACUAGACUAAACAGCCGACGAAUCCCGCAGGUGACCUUCCACAGCGCACCCCCACGCAAGCUGCCCUGUCCUCCGCUAGUCACCUCCUCCGCUGCAUCGCACUACUUUCCGACACGCGCGGCCCGCCUCUCCCCUGCAAGCCACCUCCCAUGCGCUUCCUCCUCUUCACCUCCAAAACGGCGCUCCCUCCUCUCCGAACCCCCUCCCUCAGCCACAGCGACCGCCACCCCAGCCGCUCCAACUGCAGCCCACCCACGAACCAAAGUGUCAUCGCCGCACCAAAAACGAGCAGCGGAAUGCACCGAACACAACCACGCCCUUCUCCUCUUCUUGCAAGCUUCCAUUCACGACCGGCCAAACCACCACACACAACCCACCUCGGUUUGGAGGAGGCAGCAGCAUGAGCAGUUGCGGCGGGGACAAAAUGCGCAGCACUUGGUGCACCCAUCCGCGACGUCGAGGGGCUGUUCCGGGAUUUCAACCCGGGAACUCUCGCACCCGAAGCGAGAUUCAGACCACUAG